CUCGGGAGCGGGGAUGCUGCGGGGCGCGGGCCGGGCGCGUGCGGGGCGUUAUCCCGUCGGGGCAGGGCAGCCCGUGCCGCCUCCCGGGAAACCUUUAACCAGGGCGUGCGGCGCAGGCAUGGAGGGCAGCGUGCGGCCCCAGGGCGAGCGCCUGCAGCUGCUGCUGCGCCGCUGCCGGGAGGCCAAGGCCUGCGCCUACUGCCCCUACAGCCGCUUCCCCGUGGGCGCCGCGCUGCUCACCGCCGGCGGGGAGAUCUUUUCCGGGUGCAACGUGGAGAAUGCCUGCUACAGCCUGGGGGUGUGCGCUGAGCGCACGGCCAUCCAGAAAGCCAUCUCGGAGGGGCACACUCGCUUCAGGGCCAUGGCCAUCGCCAGCGACAUGGGGACCGACUUCAUCGUGCCCUGCGGUGCCUGCCGACAGGUGAUGAGAGAGUUCGGCAAGGACUGGGACGUCUACCUGACCAAACCCGACGGCACCUACAUCGUCAAGACGCUGGACGAGCUCCUGCCCCUCUCCUUUGGCCCCGAGGACCUGAAGAAGGCGUGAGCCUGCGUUUUUCCCUUCCAGCACCAAGGGAAGGGGGGACGGGGCAGGUUGCUCCCCAGUUUUCCCGGCACGCAUGUGGGUCCCCUGGGACGACGUGAUGCAAAAUGCUUUCCUGGUGUUACGUCCGAAGCUCUUCUGUUGCUCCCUCUUGAUUCAGUGCUGAUUUGCGGGCCGGGUGCAGGCCCCGCCUUGCCCUGGGGUGCACAGAAAGGCCAAAUCAAAUGGUAGAAACUCCCUGCUUUUUUUGGAAAAAAAAAACCUCACGCCUGUGCACACCGAGCUCUGCCCGGGCACCGCUCCGGCCUCGGGAGCAGCUCCACAAAAAGGAAGAGGAUUUGGUGCACGGCUCAAGCUUGGGGCCAUUGGGCUGAUGGAAAUCAUUUGGAUCCAUCAGGCAUACGAAGCCAGAAGGGUGCAAAACCGGGGACAAAAUGCAGCAAUUUCAGCUCUAAAUAAGAACAGGAAGCAAAAAGCUGCUGCCGGUCCCCAAGGUCAGCAACACGCCGUUCGGCGCAGGGGCAGCUCUGACAGUGCGAUGAGUUGUCACCGGUGUCACCGCCCUAAGCCUCUCCUCCUGCCUGCUUCUCUCCAGCAUGUUUGUGCUUGCUUUUCUUCUCUUAGUGGUGACAAAGAAGGAGUUCUGGGGGAGCCCGCUGAUCAAUUAUGCAAUUAAAUUAUGCAGAAUG